GGUAGAAAUCGCGGGGAAAUGAUUGUAUUUAUUAGCUGUCUUUCUGUGGCUGUCCCCAUGGCAACAAUUUGCGAUGGCAAAGAAUGUGAGAAGGGGAGGCUGAUGCCUGAUUGGGAUGCUUUGUAUUUGGCAAAGUGGCUCCUGAUUGGCCUGAGAGAGCCCCGAACUCGGCGGAGUCGAUAUUCAUUCAGCUUGCUCAAGUGCUCGCUCAGCUGCCUCCACACACCGGCUGCCUCUGCUCCGCCGGGGUGGCGGUGUGUAACCUGCCUAACGAGAUUAGCGGGAAGGGCUCUCCUCCGCCAGCACCGCCGGAGAAGCCCCCGCGCGCCGGGUGAGUGUCCACGCUUGCUUGCAGGGAUGCUGGAGCAGCUGUCCCGGCUUCUCCUCCCCACCUAAGCCUCACCUAACAAGAUUAAGCCAGCAGACCCCGUGCCCGGGCAGCGCUGAGGGGCCGCGGGUGUGCGGCAGCUCUGCCGGCGGCUUGCCUGCACGGAGGCGACCUGAUGGACAACGUGUGGGCAUAGCUGAGAAGUUUGACGGCUUUCCGUAUGCUCCCUCAGUUUUCUUGAUGUGUUUUGAAUGCAGGCGUCGUGCUCCAAGCCUGCCCGCCGUGUCUCGCAGGUUGCUCGGGACGGAUUAUAAACUUUUAAUGGGAAACUCUGCACGCGACGUCCAGUGAAAUGGCAUCGGACAGCGAGGUAAAAACCCUGUUGAACUUUGUCAACCUGGCCUCCAGUGACAUCAAGGCAGCUCUGGAUAAAUCCGCUCCCUGCCGCCGGUCGGUGGACCACAGAAAAUACUUGCAGAAGCAGCUCAAGCGGUUUUCUCAGAAGUACUCGCGGGUCCCGCGGUGCCACCCUGGCAAGCCGUCGGAGUGCGGCCCGCGCCGGGGAGCAGAGGACAGGGCCCGUGGCUGCCAGUCCGAGAUGCCUGACUCCGGCCCCCACAGCGGGGCUGCUGCUGAGAAGGUGCUGCGGGCAGCCGAGGCGGAGGAGAGCCUGGCUGGGGAGAGGGCUUUGCCAGAGCAAAACCCUGAGGCCGGCAGGCCUGACCAGGUGCCCAUGAGGAAACGACAGCUCCCCGCCUCCUUCUGGGAAGAGCCGAGGCCGGCCCAGAGCCUGCCAUCCAGGGGCUUCCCCCCGGGCCCUGAGGGGCUGUCAGCCCCCAGAGACACUCCUCCCUUUGAGGGGAAGAAAAGCAAAAGGAGCCAGGACACUGCUGGUCCUGAGAGCCCCUCUGAGCCUGCCCUGCACACAGGGGAGAAAGACCCUGCUGGCGACCUCUCAGGCCGGGUGGGCACCUGGACCUGCUGCCCCUUCCCAUGCCCUGGGCCAGCCGUGUACCAGCCCCCAGGGACACUGCCCCAGUCACCCUUCCCAGGGCUGGGGCUGUGGAGGAAGAGUGCGGCCACACUGCCGGCCGAGGCACAGCCCUUCUGCAAGGAGAUGGAGGGCGCGGGGCAGAAACUCUACAGGCCCGUGGUUUUGAAACCUAUCCCCACCAAGCCUGCUGUCCCCCCGCCGAUUUUCAAUGUUUUUGGGUAUCUUUAGCCGGGGGAAGGGGUUGGGGGGUGUCACACUGGAUACGAGCCCUUUAGAGAGAGUUGAAGUGUCAGGUUGGGCAGUGGGUGCGAGCUGCUGGCAGCGUGGGGAAGGAGUUUCCAUCCAGAGACGGCGGCGAACACAUCGUUGUCCUCCUGCACAGGCUGGAGUGAAUCAGUAACUGUUUGGCCUCCAUUCUCCUCUCACCACACAGGUGCAAAUCAGGAAUAAGCCUUAUGAAGCUGGUGGCACAGCGUGUGGGGCAAACCAGGCCUCUUUUGUGGAAGCACAUUGUUCGAGCCACGGCGAGCGGGGCUCCGGACCAUUCACAGUCCGCACUUGUAACACCUAGGAGACCUCCUCCAUGUGGGAACAUCUUCCUGGGGUUGCCCUGUGGCCACAGCAGCGAAAUGAAAUGAAUUAAACUGCUUGAAACAGUUUUUGUACUUUUAAGUAAUUCUGGAUAAGUCAAGAUAUUCAGGUCACUUCCUUUUGCGUGCAAGAGACUGGAAGGACAGUAUUUAAUGUAGAAACCAUGUUUGUGAAUUGAUUUAAGCUCUUCUUGUGUGUAAAUACUGAGAGAAUUAAAAAAAAUAAAGGAAGAAAGGAGGUAAUUUUAUUCUAGUGAUUCUGCAGAUGUAGUGUGUUUACUUUUGCCCCACUGGGUAGACACAGGUUUAAUUUGCAACUGGUGGUUAGACAC